AUUGAGGAAUGGUUGGCUCUCCUCUCCUGCUCUCUGUUUGGAAGGGAGAUAAAAUGCCAGGUCUGGAUCUAGACAGCAGCAUCUGAGGAUAACUGAAGCUCUGCGUUGCCUUAUUAAGAUGAUGGAAAUAAGGACAAUUCUUUAAGCUAGGGGGGAAAACCAUCUAUUUCACCAUCAAGGCUCAGGGAGGAGAACAAUAAGAAAAACUCCACCUGUUUCUCAUUUCUGCUUUAGUGUUGUUGUUUUCUAGAGGGAAUGUAACCCCUGUUAAUCCAUCUCUGGUGCUUCAAGCCAUCCUUGCUAUUUUUGUCAAUUCUCAAGAGGUGCUUGUUGGAAUAUCAAACCUCCAUGUAUGAUAAUUUGUACCUACAUGGAUUGGAAGACUCGGAGGCGGGUUCAGCUGACUCUUACACUAGCCGACCAUCGGACUCAGAUGUCUCCUUGGAGGAGGAACCGGCAGGCGGAAAGCUGGAGAAGGAGCAGCAGGCUGCUGUACAGCUGGAGAGGGCCAAGGCCAAAGCCGUGGCCUUUGCUGUGAAGACUAACAUCAGUUACUGUGGAGCCCUGGAUGAGGAUGUCCCUGUGGCAGGAACCGCCAUCUCCUUCGAUGCCAAGGACUUCCUGCACAUUAAAGAGAAGUACAGUAAUGACUGGUGGAUCGGCCGGCUGGUGAAGGAGGGCUGUGAGAUCGGAUUCAUCCCCAGCCCUCUGAAACUAGAGAACAUCCGUCUACAGCAGGAGCAGAAGAGAGGUACACGCUCUUACGGUAAGUCCAGUGGGAAUUCCUCCUCCAGUCUAGGAGACAUGGUUUCAGGCGGGUUCAAAUCCAACCCUCCCUCUGCAGGAAAACAGAAGCAGAAAGUGACUGAAAACAUCCCUCCCUAUGACGUGGUCCCCUCCAUGAGACCAGUGGUCCUGGUAGGACCGUCCCUGAAGGGAUAUGAGGUGACAGACAUGAUGCAGAAAGCGCUCUUUGACUUCCUGAAGCACAGGUUUGAUGGCAGGAUAUCUAUUACGAGAGUAACAGCAGAUAUAGCUCUGGCCAAGAGGUCAGUGCUCAACAACCCCAGCAAGCGGGCCAUCAUCGAAAGAUCCAACACCAGGUCCAACCUAGCGGAGGUUCAGAGUGAGAUUGAGAGGAUAUUUGAGCUGGCCAGAUCCUUACAGCUGGUGGUCCUGGAUGCUGACACAAUCAACCAUCCAACCCAGCUCAUAAAGACAUCCUUAGCACCUAUCAUCGUGCAUGUUAAAGUGUCCUCUCCUAAAGUUCUUCAGCGGUUGAUCAAGUCGAGAGGGAAAUCCCAGAGCAAACACUUGAAUGUGCAGCUGGUGGCAGCAGACAAACUAGCACAGUGCCCUCCGGAAAUGUUUGACAUCAUUCUGGAUGAGAAUCAGCUGGAGGAUGCAUGUGAUCACCUGGCAGAGUACCUGGAAGCCUACUGGAGGGCAACACACACCUCCCUGAGCACCCCUCUCAACCCUCUGCUGGGCCGCAACCUGGGAUCCACUGCCCUCUCUCCGUACCCCACAACUAUAACUGGGCUGGUCAACCAAACGGGUCAAAGAAACACAAACAGGAACAGCAAUCACACAGCAGGAGAACACUCGCCAUCAGACGAGAACUACCACAAUGAGCGGCAGAGGAAGAGCCGUAACCGCCUGUCCUCCGGCUCGCAGCACAGCCGGGACCAGGUCCACUACCCCCUGGUGGAGGAGAAUUAUCAUGACCCCUAUCAGGACACGUACAAGCCCCACCGCAACCGUAACGGCUCCCCCGGAAGCUACAGCCAUGACUCCAGGCACAGGCUUUGAGCUGAAGACCCCCUUAUGUCACUUAGGCCUCUCUUCCCUUCACAGUGGGUACGACACAGCCACACGACCACUCUCUAGUUUAAUUGUACCGUAACCAACUUUUUUUAUAAAGUGUUAGUACCUCGCUUUUCCUCUGGCACUGGUUCACGGUGAAAACAUGAACAUUGACCAACUAAAAAUCUAAUCUCUAUGCCUUUUUCUUAUGAGGGAGACAAAAAAUAGGAUGAGGGGCAGAUUUUCACCAUGUUUUUUUUCUAAGGGAAGGCCCAACUCUGGGCUUGUCUUCUUUUUAACAUGGCAAAGCCUUGACAUGUUGGUGUGAAAGGGGUGACCAUGUGGUCUGGCCAUCGACUCCCUGUUGUCUCAGUGUUAGCAGGGCUAGCUGUCGUGGUGGUCUUGGUGACCCAUCAACACCUGCCUCGAACCAGUGCCAGACAGCGUCAAGCGUCCCUCGAUCAGCACAGAACUUCUUUGCACAUUUCCAGGAGCCAAUAGCAGCAGAGUCAGUGCACUGUAUAUUUAAUUAAUGUCACUAAGUUGUUUGAAAUUGUCUUGGAUUUGAGUGUUUUCAGUCCUGUAGCCUACAACCAGUGUCUCAGAGUCGGCAAAGUUCCUGUUUGUCAAAAUGUUGAGGGAUUUUUUUAGGGGGGGUCCUGAAACGGAAUCUUCUAGUUUCCAGGGCUUUUAUCCCCUUCUUCUCCUCAAUGAUACUUAGCUAAUGCCAUUGGGGCGGCAGGGUAGCCUAGUGGUUAGAGCAUUGGACUAGUAACCGAAAGUGUUGCAAGUUCAAACCCCUGAGCUGACAAGGUACAAAUCUGU